AAAAUAAAAAAAAAAUAAAAAAAAUAAAUAAACUUCCUUUUUCUUUGACGGAGGUUUCUUCUUCAUCUUCUUAUCUGAUCAAUCAAGCAAGCAACACAUCUUCUUCUUCUCUCUUUCGCUCUCCUCUCUCUCUCUCUCUGAAUCAUCGCCAUGGCUAAGAGCUCAUUCAAGAUGGAACACCCACUUGAAAGGAGACAGGCUGAAGCAGCUCGCAUAAGAGAGAAGUAUCCUGACAGAAUUCCGGUUAUUGUUGAAAGGGCAGAGAAGAGUGAUGUUCCUGAAAUUGAUAAGAAAAAGUAUCUUGUUCCUGCUGAUUUAACUGUUGGCCAAUUUGUGUAUGUGGUGCGUAAGAGAAUCAAGCUGAGUCCUGAGAAGGCCAUCUUCAUUUUUGUCAAGAACAUUUUGCCCCCAACUGCGGCCAUGAUGUCUGCAAUUUAUGAGGAAAAUAAGGAUGAAGAUGGAUUCCUUUAUAUGACUUACAGUGGGGAGAACACAUUUGGGAUGAUGAUCUGAAAUAAUUCAUAAAUCAUAGCACGAUCAUGUGAAUAGAGCUUAAUGAAAAAUGACCAUUAUGAAGAAGUCAGCUUAAUUGUAAAUUCUCUGGUUUGAUCUGGUUCUUGUAAAGUUCAUUAACUGAUUGCUUUCAAUUUCUAUCGUUUCUUGUACCGGUACUUAUUUGAAAAUUGCCUUGUGUUCACUAUAUUGCUAAAGUUUAAGGGUAUGUGCUCUUUAAAAUGUUUUCUCA